CCCUGCCUCCCAAUCUCAUCCUUGCCCUGUCUCUCUUCAGUCUUCCUCCUUAUUGCCAUUCGGAUACAAUUCGUAUUCCCCUCACAGCUCAGAGAUUUUUCACCAUUUUAACAACAAACCAAAACCAUGGAUUCCACUACCAAUAUUGCUUCUUCUAUUAGUUCUACCUUACAUGAUCUGGACUUUGUGCUGCAAAAAUUGUCUCAUUCUGAUCUCACAAUCUUCCAUCAACGUCUCAUAUGUUACUUACAUAGUCUGAAAAUAUUCCUUCUUAUUUCCGCAAGAAAUUUGGAUAACCAGGGAGAUGACGCAGAUCUGCCAUCUUACUUUCUAAGGGUUGAAGAUACUGUUCACAAACUUGGAGAGCAGUUUCAUCCUGAUGGUGAACUUACCCAGUUAGAUAGUUCUGUGGCUCGUGAGUUCGCAAACUAUUUUCGAUACUUGCAUGAGGAAUUGCAUGAUGAUGUGUACACUGAUAGGCAGCCGUCAAUGCUGUUAAAGUUAAGUGGUUCUGUCUUAACCAUUGAUGACAUCUCCGCAAUCAUCAGUUCCAUUUUGGAGCUAAUUGAGCAUCUUAAUAUUCACUCUUACUGCGGAGGAAUGGGAGCUUUGUUGGAGCAGGUGAAGGUAUUGCAAACUCUCAUCUGCUUUGUUGACUUCCAUCCCACACCCCAACUGUUGGAUUACGCUAAAAAUGUUGUUAUCCGGGUACAUAUUCAUUUCAUGCGUCCUAGAGCACUUCACCAACUUGAUCGAGAAAGGUUUGAUUACAUGCUGUUUAAAGGGGUGGAAACCAUCAAGCCAAAUACUAAUCCACAGGUAGCUGAGAUUUUCACUCAGUCCCUCAUCAGUUCCAAGUUGUCAAGACAGGAGGUUUCACUUGCUCCCACUCAUCAUCAACAAAUUGAUGAUGAUGCCACCUUCAUCGCAACCAAGAAUUUCUUUGAUUCUCUCCUUUCUUAUCUUUGGGAACUGCUACGGAUUAACCCUGUUGGCACACUUUCUGUCAGGGAUCAGAUGCAGGAGCUGUAUCGCAAAUUAAGAUCCUUGCGAACCAUUCUCAAAACAAAGCUGCAGCCGCCAAACAACAUUAAGGCAGACAUUGUAUCUUUGUUGUAUGAUGCCGGUGUCUUAAUUUUCUCAUUGUUCCAAUCACAUACACAAGUAGAUCCUGGAUGUUGUUUCCAUGAUUGUUUGGAAACAACCAAGACUAUUCUGCUACAACUCGGAGAGGAGGAUCCACCUGUAGCAGAAUUCACCAUUCCCAAGGCCAAUCAGUUGGGUUUUGUCGAUUUUGUGCUGCAAAAACUGGUGGACCUGAGAAGUCGUGAAGCUGAGCCAAAUGCCAACAGUAUGCAUGUUCAAACUAUCCAUGAAGAACUUGUUUCCUUAAGAUGUUUUCUAGGAGACAUUGUGGAGUUUUACCAAGAAGACGAGGAGCUUCAAGCUGUAUGGAAUCGCGUUUUAGAGGUGGCCUACAAGGUGGAGUGUCUCAUGGACCACUUACUGGUUGCUGAUCUUCCCAUUUCUUCUCCAACUUCAGUUGAUGCAAUCAUGGAAGACAUCAGGGACAUUAAGCCCAAAAUCGAAGUUAAGAGACCAAAAUUUGAAGGCAAAAGACAAGAAAGCAGGCUGAAAGUAGCAGCCAUGACUCCCAAUCACCUACCUUCGUUGGAAACAAACAAUGAGGUUGUAGGUUUUGUUGAUGAUGCAAAACUAAUCAUGGAUAGGCUCAAAAGAGGAUCAAAGCAACUCAAAGUCAUUGCCAUUGUGGGUAUGCCGGGACUGGGUAAGACCACUUUAUCCACAAAAGUUUACAAUGAUAACUCUAUUUUGCUUCAUUUUCAAGUCCAGGCAUGGUCUCCAAUCUCACAAACAUUGGACAGAAAGAAUGUGUUGUCUACACUUUUGAAACAGGUUGAUCCCGACAGCAAAUGUUCUGAGCUGAACGACCAAGAUUUAGUUGAAACGCUGUGGCGCAGGUUGAAACGGAAAAGAUAUCUCAUAUUAUUGGAUGAUAUGUGGGAUAUUGAAGCAUGGAAUAGCUUGGCACCAGCAUUCCCUGAUGACAACUAUGGAAGUAGAAUUCUUUUGACGAGCCGUCAUCAUCGCAUUGCUCCUAGUCAUAUGCUUGACCAAGAACCAUAUUUUCUUCAGCCACUCAAUGAAAAGGAGAGUCGGGAGUUAUUCCAGAGGAAGUUAUUCCCAAGAAAUGAUGGUUCCUUGGAUCCUGCAGUGCAACAUUUGGUGAUGCAAUUUGUAGCAUACAGUAAGGGCUUGCCACUCACCAUCAUCCUCAUAGCUGGAAUUUUGGGAACUACUGAGCAAGAAGAUUGGGUGAAAAUUUGGAAAGAUUUAAGUUCCGCAUCAGUCGCAGAGCACUGUAUGGACUCACUGGAACUCAGCUACAAACGGUUGCCGGAUCACUUAAAGUCAUGCAUGCUCUAUUUUGGAGCAUUUCCAGAAGACGCAGAGAUUCCGACGGACAGGCUGCUGUACCUAUGGAUGGCUGAAGGAUUCGUCAGGGAAACUGAGGGAAAGCGCACAAAAGAUGUUGCCGAAGAAUAUUUGAAUGGGUUGAUUGCAAGAAGCUUGAUUAUGGUUACCCAAAAAAGAUGGAACGGUAGAGUGAAAACAUGCCGCAUUCAUGACUUGAUUCUUGAUUAUUGCUUGCAGAAAGCCAAUGAUGAUCAUUUUCUCCAUCUGGUAAAGGGAUAUGAUGAGCUUUCCGCAUUUAACGAGCCGCACAACCUUCGAAGGUUAUGCAUCCACUCUGAAGUUAACCAUUUCAAAAGUUCCAAGUUGUUUUGUCCUCGUGCCCGUUCUCUGCUUUUUAAGGACCCUUACAGUUCAUGUCAGUCAAUACGAGAUGCAUCAUUUGUGACUAGCAUCUUUAAACUUCUAAGAGUGAUGGAUUUGGAGGGAAUUGAUAUGAAGUGUGAGUUUCCAAGUGAAAUAACUUUGCUUGUUCAGUUGGCAUUCCUAGCAAUUCAGGGUGACUUCGACUGCAUCCCGUCAUCCAUAGGUAAGCUCUUAAAUUUGGAAGCUCUUAUUGUUGUGUGUCAUUUUCCAAAGUCAAUUUCAUUGCCACACAGUCUCUGGAAUCUACAGAAAUUAAAGUAUCUUUGGAUAGGUGGCAAUCGUGGCAUUAUGCCGAUAGAAAAUAUUGAGAACUCGCAGAUUUUAUAUGAGUUAGAUGUGUUGUAUGGUGUAAUUGUUCCAUACAAGUGCAGCAUGGAAGGGUUAAUGACAAAAUUUCCAAACAUCCGCGAGUUAAAAUGUUGUUUUAGCUGUGAUGAAUAUGUGGACUCUGAGUAUCUUCACAGCACGAUUGUAGUUCCUGAUUUUUUGACACAACUUGAGUCAGCUAGUCUAUCAUUUCAUUGUGGAUAUAAUAUUCCAAAAAAGAUGGAGUUCAGUUUCCCUGAAAAUCUGAAAGAAUUGGAGUUGGGAAGCUUUGAUUUGUCUAGGGAGAAUCUGUCAACCAUUGGUGAACUCCCAAACCUUCAUGUCUUCAUAUUAAAAGAUACAAAAUUGGAAGGGGAAACAUGGGAAAUGCAAGAAGGGGAAUUCUCCCAACUCAUAAUUUUGAGAUUGAAUGGUUUGAAGCUUGUUAGUUGGACAGCCGACGAUGAUCAAUUCGAAUGUCUUCAGAAGCUGGAGUUGAUUGAUUGCAAGGAAUUGGAAGAGAUGCCUUGUAAUUGUCUGGAGACCAUUCAGACACUUGAAACAAUUGAGGUAUUUCAUUGUUCUGAGCUUACCAAAAAAAUGGUAAAACAAAUUGAGGAACAGCAGGAGCAGUGGGGAAAUUCAAAUCUUAAGGUUUUGUUCACAUAAAAACAUAGUGCAUGUAUGUUUGAAUCAUUGAGUGCAUUUCUUUCUUUCAUUAGCAUUUAUACCAUUCCCGUGCGCUGCACAUACAGUAUUUGUAAAUUUUUUGUAUUUAAAUCCAAA